AAUAAAUACACACACAUCAAAACCCUAUCUCUGCAUCGGAAUAUAUAGUUUCUUCCUUGCACAACAGUAUCCCCCUUCAAUCUCAAACUCCUGAUCUCAAGUUGUUCAAAAAUGGAAGCUAUUUUGUCGGCUGUUAUAGGCGACUUUGUCAGCAGAUUCAUCUCCUUUAUGACAAGCAAGUAUUCAGAUCUUGCAUGUUCAGAGGAGAAGCAGGUGGAGAGGUUGCAGCAACUCCUUGUAAGAGUUCACGCCGUGGUUGAGGAGGCGAACGGGCGAUACAUCACCAACUCUGGUAUGCUCCUACAACUGAAGAUGCUGGCUGAGGCUAUGUACAAUGGUUAUCAUGCCCUAGACACCGUCAAGUGCAAUCGACUGAUCAAAGAGGGCUCCAACGAAGGUACGAGUGGCCCAUUUGCGUUGUGCCUUGGCACUCCUCUCAAGCGCGCUCGUGCAAACAGCAGUAGAUCAAAUCACAGAGUUGGUGGCUCCGACCUGCUGCAUGGUACCUUGUCAAAUCUAGAAACUUUAGUUUCUAACCUGACGGAGUUUGCUAUACUUUUGGGAGGAUGCGAGCGCAUGUCCCGUAGACCCUAUGACACCUAUCUGUACGUUGACAACUUCAUGUUCGGCCGCAGUAUCGAGAAGCAGAAAGUUCUGAACUUCUUGUUACUUCAUCAUAACGCUCCUGGUUCUCCAGCUGUGCUUCCAAUCACCGGUGACAACCUAGUCGGAAAGAAAACUCUGGUAGCAAAUGUAUGCAACGAUAAGAGGGUCCGCGGUCACUUCGCUUCGGUUUUGCACCUCAAUGGAGACAAGUUCUGCGCAGAAGACCAUGGAAGGUGCGCGUCUGCAGCAGGAAGGACAUUGAUUGUUGUCAUAUUUGCUUCAGAUGUUGAUUGUGAGGAAUGGAAGAAGAUUCACCAUGCAGUGGCAUGCAUAAACACAGAAAGCAAGGUCAUAAUCGUAAGCAGGAAGGAAAGUUCAGUGAAAUAUGGUACUGUGAAGCCAAUCCGCCUAACUAGAUUACCAGCCGAGGAGUACAUCUACCUCUUCAAGACACUGGCAUUUGGAAGUGCAGACCCAAAGGACCACCCGAAUCUGACACCAAUUGCAAUAGAGUUGGCGACAAUGUUGGGAGGGUCAUUUGUGGCAGCAUACUCACUUGCCAGUGUGCUAAGGAAGGAUGUAAGCUUUCAGUUCUGGCUUUCUAUUUUCAACAGGUACAAGAAUGUGACCGAGAAUAACUUGUCCAUGUUCGGCGAGCAUCUGUCGCUCCGUAUCAGAAGGCGCGCUCCGGUAGACAUCACAAGCUUUCUUCCAUCUCCUGCUGCUCCAUUGUUGCUUACUCGUCCUCGAACUGAAACCGAGGUUUCCCAGAGGAGACUACCUAAAGUGACGAUGGCGGACCUCAUAGUGGAUCCUACCAUCCGUCCCAAGGGUGACUUCGAUUUAGUGAAAUGGAAAUCACGGUUGCCACCUUAUACCGAGUUUAGCUACUUCGUUCCAUCUUGUGCUGAACAGAGGCAUAAAACAACCGCAAGGAGGAAGCGUGAAGCAGCUAUUUGUCCCUAGUGUUUCUUUUUUUUUUCUAAGCGUAAGUUUUUUAUUUUUGCAUGCAUAACCAUGAGUAAGUUAUUAUGUAAGUAUAUUGUUUCCGAAAACCAACCGGUGGUUGGAUGGUUAGAAGGACAGUGGUAUCUCCUGCGCACCGGAGUUUAAGUCCGGUGAUACGCGUUCAGUGGGAUAGUGCCCGUUCAGUCUCU